CCGCUUUCAGAUUGCCCGUAGGCCGUGGUGGGAGCUACUCACGUACAUUCUGUUUCGUUUUUAGAUUCAAUCAUCGAAAGUAACAAACCCCGUCUUAUCUUGCUGGAUUGAUACGGUAUCGUCGUUGAAUAAUGCACAAAUCCGAUGGUGGACAAACAGUGCCGAUAGUUAUUGCAAUGUCCGAGUACGGUAUUCACCAGGUGUAAACAUUUUUCGUAGUGCAAUCAAUGAUCGAAAAAUUCGAUCAGCGAUCAAUUUGUCCAGUGGAGAAAAAAAAGUUGAAAACCCGUUCUCCCAAUAGCUGAGAAGAGACAUUGUUUGAGAGAGAGUGAGAGCAGUGGGAGUUCGAAGCGUAGCAAGGAAAAAAGUAGGGAGUGUGGAAAAUCAACUCCCAUCGUGGCUCCCGUCUGAAAAAGGAAAACGAAGAAUAGGAGUGUAACGUCCGUUGGAGAGAAACAGUGCGAGAGGGAGUGUACGUGCUGGAGUGAAUUGCGAGAGACUGCAAAAUCCCUACCGUUCAGAAAGGUGGAUAUUGGAUUUUUAUACGUGAAGUAAUAUGGAGGAUCUGAAAGAUGGUGAAGUGUUUUAGUGGAAUAUAGAGUUGAAAAGUUUUUUUUUCGGCGGAAAAUUGCACAAAAACGAGCUGGAGUGGAACGGCACCAGUUAGCGCUAGUGUUUGGGGAUCGGAAUAUCGGAUGAUUAAUGCUGGACGGAGUAAUAAGGAAUCCUGCUUGAGACUGUAAAGAUUUUUCGGAACGACUGUAAACUGCAGAUAAUCGAUAUAUCGGUGUUGAACUUUUCUUCUCAGCGUGACCUAGGCAUUUAAGGAAGACAAAAAGUGUGGCGAAAAACUCAAUCUGUUCGGAAGAAGGAAGAAAAAGAAGAGGGGAGAAAACAUCAUCCUCAGUUUUCCAAAGUUUCGGUGUGUGUAGCUUAUUGCAGUGGGAUAAUCCCACGGAAAAUCGAAAGUGUUCAGUAGUUGCUAAAGUCUCCCUCUCCUCGGCUGCAUUAGAAAAAAAUGAAUGAGCUUGAAGCACUUAGACAGGAGGCGGAAACGCUGAAAAAUGCAAUCCGCGAUGCACGGAAGGCCGCCUGUGACACAUCGCUGGUUCAGGCGACAAAUAACCUGGAACCGAUAGGUCGGAUACAGAUGCGAACCCGACGAACGCUAAGGGGACAUUUAGCUAAGAUUUAUGCUAUGCACUGGGGAAGUGACUCCAGAAAUUUAGUGUCCGCUUCCCAGGACGGCAAGCUGAUCGUAUGGGAUUCUCAUACGACGAACAAGGUACACGCAAUUCCGUUGCGCUCCUCCUGGGUGAUGACCUGUGCGUAUGCUCCGUCAGGUAAUUUCGUCGCGUGUGGUGGCUUGGACAAUAUUUGUUCGAUCUACAAUCUUAAAACUAGAGAAGGAAAUGUGCGAGUAUCGAGGGAGCUUCCAGGGCACACUGGAUACCUGUCGUGCUGCCGGUUCCUCGAUGAUAACCAGAUAGUGACCAGCUCGGGAGACAUGUCCUGUGGGCUGUGGGAUAUCGAAACCGGCCAGCAGUGUACUUCUUUUCUUGGACACACCGGUGAUGUGAUGGCACUGUCUCUUUCUCCCCAAUGUCGUGUUUUCGUCUCGGGAGCGUGCGAUGCGUCCGCAAAACUGUGGGACAUCCGUGAGGGUCAGUGUAAGCAGACUUUCCCCGGACAUGAAAGCGACAUCAACGCGGUUACCUUCUUCCCCAACGGACACGCGUUCGCUACCGGCUCGGACGAUGCCACCUGUCGCCUUUUCGACAUCCGUGCCGACCAGGAAUUGGCCAUGUACUCGCACGAUAACAUCAUCUGCGGUAUAACCUCGGUUGCGUUCUCCAAAUCGGGCCGUCUGCUGCUGGCCGGGUAUGAUGACUUCAACUGCAACGUGUGGGACACGAUGAAGGCGGAGCGGGCUGGCAUCCUGGCCGGCCACGAUAAUCGCGUUUCUUGCUUAGGAGUUACCGAGAAUGGAAUGGCCGUCGCAACGGGUUCGUGGGACUCGUUCCUGCGUGUCUGGAACUAAGCGCAUAAAUAUAUUUAGAAUCAUUUAUAUAAAUUCACUCUCACAUCCGCAUAGACGUACACACACACACACACACACAUACAUAAAUGAUAUACUUUGUAAAAACUCUGAGGAAAACAAUUUGGUAUUGGGUCAGGUCAUAGGUUACUUUAGUGCAGAAUCCAAUUCAUCAUGUUUUUUUUGUGUAAUUCAGAAAAUGUUCCAGAAACCGAGGUUAUUUAUGACCUGGCAUAAUACUGAAACACCACAACAUAAAAUUGCUUGUACUAUCAACAAUGAAGCAAAAAAGUUACACAAACACGCAGAAACUAAGGAUAAAACGGCAACAAAAUUUACUGAAAAAUUAAUUGAAUUUUUAAGUUCUCUCGAACAGAACAUGCAUUUGAUUAGCAUAUUAAGGACCGGAAAGAAAUCUGUAAGACAUACGCCUGGGACCGCACGUUUUGACUUGUGUGAAGUUAGCGGAUAAAAGUUUUUGUUGCGUGCAAGUUUCUGUUUGACGUCUUGUUGGAUUUAAUAAAUAAUGAAUCAUUUCAGUUAAAAUAACUUGAUUGAACUUGCUGAAAUUGUUUAUCAAGUAAAAACCGUCAAAAUCAUGCUCAUUAGACAGAGAAUUGAAUCAUUCAUCUUUCCCCAUUAUUUUUUUUAUCGUGACAGAAAAGUUAUAGACUGAUACAGAAUUUUGAAAAUCAAAAAUAAGUUGUUUGUAUAGACUUAUCGAAGUUAUUCGAUAGAGAAAUAUUUUACCUAUCUUCCAGCCACAAUUUUAUUAAUCGGAAAAGAGUCUGAGAAAAGUAAUAGGACAAGUUGGUAUGGGAGAAACUAAUUAUUUUAAAGAAAAUUGUAAAAAGUUAUUUGAAAGUACCCAAAACACAUUCUCGAGAUAGUACACAUUCGAUAGAGAAUAUUUUUAUCUAUCUUCAGCAAAUUAUCAUUGGUCGGAAAAGGGUCUAAGAAAAAUUAUAGGCCAAAUCCUAUACCACUUGUAUGGGAGAAAUUAAUCAAUUUAGAGAAAACUGAAAAAAGGUAUUUGAAAGGACCCAAAACACAUUUUUGAGAUAAUACUUAUUGGAUAGAGAAUAUUUUUAUCCAUCUUCAACCAAAUCUUUAGUUUAGAUAUUUUUUUUUCGUCAAAGUAACACAUUAUUCUUGUACACUGAGGUUUUUACGAGGUUUUUUCCGUGAAUUUUCCAACUAACGCAUUUUUACGGGGUCCCCGCGCAAGAAAAAACCUGAGCAAUAUCACAUCUCUCCCUUAUGCUCCCUCAGAGCAUAUGAUGGUAGUGUUUGGGUUUGUGCUUGUGACGAAACUUAGUUCUUAUGACGAAAAUUAAUGCCCAUCAUAUCACGUGCACGAGAUGUACCCGUGGCCGAGUGGUUAGCGUCUCACAUUAUCAUGCCGGGUGUUCGGGUUCGAUUCCCGUUCUGGCUGGGAGAUUUUUCGUCAAAGAAAUUUCCUUCGACUUGCACUGUGGUCACGCGUAUUCUAGAGCUUACCCCUAGGAAUACAUUCAAGGCGUGUUAUUUGGCUUAAGAAAUCUCAACUAAGUAUUAAUAAAUGACGCUAGUUAAUGCAUACGUAGAGUAGGCAAAAGUUGCAUAGGGAACGUUAACGCCAUUCAAUAUCGCGAUACUCACGUUUUUAGGUGAUUUAGUUUUUUUUUCGCGGAUUUUCCAAAACCCGCGCAUAAAAAAUCCUGUUUGUAUAGAAUUUAUUGGAGUUUUUAAAACUGUUGCUCGAUAAUUAUUUGUUGAACUAUUCAUCAUCAGAUACGAAUUCGAAAUUUUUCGUUCAAACAAUAAUAUCUCUGUACUGAAUGGUCCUACAAAACGUUCUAUAUCGAAUAAGUGCUAUCUCGAGAAUGUGUUUUGGGUCCUUUCGAAUAACUUUUUUCAAUUUUCUUCAAAAUAAUUAAUUUCUCUCAUACAUUUUCUACAAAAUAUUCAUCUAUCGAAUAUCUUCGAUAACUCUAUUCGAACAACUUUUUUUUUUUAUUUUCAAAAUUCUGUAUAUUUUCCUAUAUUGACCCAUGCUCAAGUUUCAGUUUAUAACUUUUGUCUGGAGAAAAAAAUAAUAAUUAUGUGGAAUGAUGAAUGAUUCAAUUCUCUGUCUAAUGAACAUGAUUUUGAAGGUUUUUACUUGAUAAACAAUCAAUUUAUUUCAACUGAAAUAAUUCAUUAUUCAUUAAAUCCAGCAAGCCGUUGAACAGACACUUGCACGCAACAAAAACUUUUAUCCGCUAACUUCACACAAGUCCGUAAAGAAGGAACGAGAGAACUCGUGAGUGGUCCUUAAAGUGUUAAUAGGGAGCCAGUUUACAUUGUAUUUAUUAGUGGCGUUUAGCAGAAAUAUUGUUUUUAAAAUAUUAUCUAUAAUCUCGUGAUAGGUACGCACAAAUAUUUAUUUUGUCGCCUAAGGAAGUUUUAAAAUUUGCUACAAUACUUUUUACUACUACUUGUUAGUUAUGCGAGUGAGAAAGGAUAAAAACCAAAAACCACUAUGUUGAACUUAUAGGUUUAUAAAACGUUUUAUUUUUUUUACAAAUUUUUACAAACAUGUGAGUACCGGAGCCUUUUUUUCUUUCUUAUGCAUAUCGUCUUUUGUCGAUGAGAGAGAAGGCAUACGCGCACAAAUUUUAUAUCUAUGUUUGUUUCGUCUCACGAUUUACAUUCGAGUAUUAUUUAAGGUACUGCUUUUAAGCUGUAUGAGAUUUCUGUUGUAUGAAAAUAACCUGUUAUUCCUUCGUUUUUGUACACAUACAUAAUGUUUAUAACUUGAUAUUUUAAUAGUUCUUUCUAUGUAUUUAUUCAUUUAGUCAUUAACAAAUAUUUAUGGAGAAUUGUAGUUCAUCAAAUCAUAAACGGGAAUCACUCCAUUGUGCAGGAGUUCCAAAAGGGGCUAUCCUAACGGCAAUGUUAUAAACAUAAGAUUACUAUCACUCGUCUUGGUCACGGAAAAUUUCCUUAGGAAUCCGAACUUCUGCACUAGGAGAGAUUUUGAAGCGUCAUUUUGUGUAUCUAGCGACAAGUCCUCAUCACCAAACGCUUUCCUCCCCAAAAGCCAUAUAGUUUAUGUACUUUUAAUUGGAUUUGUAGUUAAUCAUAUGGAAAGGUUACCUAGUUUCGCGACAACGUUGCGCUAGUCAUUAUCAGGUGACAGCAUUUCUUUUCCUUUACGCGCAAAUCAUAGCCUACUUUAUAGGAUCUAUCGAUUUCAUCGUAAGCUUUUUUGCACUUAUUAACAAAAACUCACGGAAGAACAUUGACCGAUUGAUCUUUUCUCAAAAAUUGUAAGAAAAAUGAACAGAAAAUAGAAAUGCCUAUAACUGAAUUAAAAAAAACAAAUAUUUGUAAGACAAUUUUUAAAGAAAAUCAAGCGAAAAGGAAUCGCAUCCGUAUAAAACUCACACAAACACAUGCAUUACACACUGUUAAGUUACUCUCGUAAAACAAACAAAAUCAUUCAAAAGAAAAUAAGUAUAUACACGUUGGUAAGUGUGAGAGGAUUAUUAAAGCACUCACACACAUAUAUACCAUGGACAAACCAGCGGAAAGAUAACGUGCGUUCACACACAAAAAUCAUUAAAUCGACUAGAUGUCGAAAAGGAGAAUGCAUCAGUUUCUAGACGCGUAUUUAUUUCACUUCAUGAGGGAUCCGGGAACACCCAUCCGUCUGCCAGCUGUUUAGAAAAGGGCUCUAUUAGGCACACGAAAUGGCACGACAAAGCGCGCCAUUUCACGCAGACGGGUGGGUGUGUUAUGAGGAAGCACCUCGUGUACUUCGUUAAAAAUCAGGUUCAACAAAUUGGGGCUGUAAUUUCAAAGAACAUCCUCCUAUGUUCAAUUCGAUCUUGAAUCGAAUCAUUUAUCCCUUUCAAAUCAGGCCCACUUUGCUGUGCCGUGCUCCGUCACGAACUGAAAAUAGAUUCUGCAAAAUAGCAGCGUGUCAAAACUAAAGAACCAGAAACUGUCCACACAAUGGAUGCAAUUCUGUAAGCGCCACCCACUGCCUAGUAUCUUCAAAACAAAACAAAACAACAACAAAAAUACAAAAAGAUUAUGUGAAGCCAACACGUAAACUAACAAAAUCGAAUAGAGAGAGAGAGUUAGUAAUAAACAAAGAAGCAACAUUAAUAACAAAAUAGAAAAUGAAUUUUGAUGAACCAAGUAAACAUAAAACAGAGGAAAAACACAUAAGUGAUUGUGUAUUGCUUCUAUCAUUGUGUGAGUGCGCGAAUAACUAUCCAGAAAAAAAUAUCCAUACUUUACAAUCCCUGAAGCCGCUAACGAGAAACAGUGUGACUAAGAGUAAAAUAUUUCAAAAGAUUCAACAUCAUCUCAUCGUCUGUUUGAGUUCUAAAUUUUGACUUUUCACUCAUGGAAACAUAUAUAUUUUUUGCAAUCGGUUAUUGAUAGAGAGGGCUUGAUCCGUCUUUUAUUUCUUAUGAAAGAGUGAUUUGUACAAGCUUCUUCGUGAAGCUUCUACAAUCACUCAAUCCUUCGAAUAUGUCAACUGAUUCAUGUCAUAUUCGAUGGAUGAAAUCUUGCUUCUAGAAUCGAUUGCCGCGGUUAAGAGCGUUGCCUUAUUUAUGGUUACAGGUUUUCCUUGAGUAUUGGAAGUACAUUUCUGUGGGCUCUUACACUCAAUAAACGCUUUAGAAGAACAUUUCAUUCUACGAACGAUUUUUCAAUUUAGCCAAUGAGAUGAUUCUUACACACAGACACACACAUUUUAACUUCGGGCGGAAAGAUUUUGAAAUCAUUCCAAACAACGUCGCGCAAAACAACAACUCCAUGCAUACCACCAUCACGUCAUUACACAGUCGAAAAUGUCACACAUUUACUAAAACAGCGUUUUAUAUGAAUAAAAAACAAUCCUCUGGAGGAGAACAGACAGCAAAACAAAACCUACUCGAAUUUCUACCGAAUCGCGAAUAACUGUGUAAGAGAUUUUGAAGGGAAAUAAAAUCAACCACAUGCGACGGAAUCUGUGUAUCUGAUAUGUAACAGAAAAAAAUGUGAAAACGAUGAAUGAUAGCAACACUCGGAACCAAACCAAGUAAACACAUUGUAAAAACGGUUGUUGCGAAACGAAUACAAACAAAAAAAAACAGUAAACGAAAUGAUCCAAGACCAAGACCUAGCGAUAAAACAUAGCAUUGCGAGAUUGGAGUUGUGAAAAAUGGAACAGUUGAAGGAAUAAGAAAGGAGAAAACACAACCGUUGACUAAAUAGAUAUCGAGGAGCAGCACGAACAUAAGUAACAGAUACAUUUUGAAUUAUAAAGAAAUAUUAAAAAAGGAAACUUUAGUCAUUAAGGUAACAAAAUAAUAAAAGUAUAGAAUACAAUUAACUUAUUAUGAAUAACAAAAAUAAAUUAAUAAGAACAAAAAUAA